GCCGUCUCAAGGAGCGGCCGCGAGUCACAGUGUAGCCGGCGUACGCGCAUCCAGAACAGACGCGAUCCAAAAAUACCGCCACCGACCCGGCCGCAUUCGUUGACAUGGGCUGAUCGGGCGUGUUGAAAUUAAAAAUUCGAAUCGAAACAUUCCAAAUUCGAGAAUUUAGAUUUAAAUUCGGAACUAGUGUUGUGCCGGUGAGAUAAUUAUUCAGAUGUGGCGAUGUCGCCGACGGCCCUAGGAGCUGACUUGCCACAGUGGUGUGGUAAAACAGAAGGAUGCCCGCAAGCGUUGUUAGGCUGGCUGUACUUGACGCACGAUCAAAAUGACCAGUGGAUGCCAGGGUCUGUGUGGGGCCCGCUGCCGACAGCCGUGCCCGGCUCUGCGCAGCCGCAAUCAGACGACACUAACUCAUUGGCGGACCAGCUCACAGCGCUGUCACUGCGCAGGCCUCCGCGCCCGCCCCCACCGGCUUACAUGUGUCACCUGUGUUUCAAAAAGGGGCACUAUAUUGGAGAUUGUCCCCAGGCGCGACCCAAAGGCGAAGGUCUGACGCCAUACCAGGGCAAGAAGCGGUGCUUUGGAGAGUACAAGUGUCCCAAAUGCAAGCGCAAAUGGAUGAGCGGGAACUCCUGGGCCAACAACGGACAGGAGUGCAUCAAGUGCCGCAUCAACGUGUUUCCGCACAAGCAGGUGCGUAGACCAUUGGAGAAGCCAGAUGGCUUGGACGUGAGCGACCAGUCUAAGAUCCACCCGCAGCACCUGUGUCAGAAGUGCAGGUCUUUGGGGUACUAUUGUCGACGCGAGUACUAAUCUCACUAUAGCUGAGAGCUUAGUUUGGGUUUGCAUUUCAAUUCUUACAAUCUUUAAUAAUAAAGCACGCACGGGUGUAAUUUUACGACAUUUUUGUCAUGUAUAAGAUCCGCCUAUCCGAAGACAGGGUUCAUAUUGUACCAAACUGUAAACAGUGUGCUAAAUGCUAAGAGAAUUGUUGUAUAAUAUGAAUGGCAAUUAACAUUUUGAAUUUGAAUCGAUUCGAAGUGAGACACAGCGAACCAAUCACAUUGCAGUAUGGUUGUGUCACAAUGACGCAUUGUGAUUGAUUCGCUGCGAAUGUAUGAUGUGAAUAGUAAACCCACACUAAGCCCUCAGACCAUGAAAAAUAAGCUAUAUCGCGUACAACAACACGCAAUUGACAUCGGUCAUUAUUAAUCCUUUGCAAGACACUUGAAAACACGUCUACAGACGUUUAAACUAUUAAACAUCUUUUACAAAAACUACAUUUUUGCCCCAAGCUUUUAUUUUCGAGAGAGCAUUCAACGCGUGAUAAAAGAAAAUCUUGUCCGUGCAGUUAAAUGGUUAAGGAGUUCCCUUGUCGGGAGCCGAUCGUGGAUCACACACCAUCAGAUCAUGUUCGUCACAAAAAUGCAUGGUCAUCGAAACUGAAGCGCCGUGUAAAAUUUAAACUCUAGGAUAAAUUGAUGUCGGUGAUAUUUAAUUGCAAGAUUUAAUUACAUACAAUCAAACAUCGAGAUAGGUGACACUACUAAAUAAAAGCUUGAAAAUUGUAGUAACAAUAUUUAAAUUACUAAUCUUUAAUACCUAAUGGUCGUUCUUACCUGCGAAACCUGGUCGUAGAAGGCUUAAUUAAUUUGAUCGAAUGUGCCACAUGUCAAGUGGUGAGUGACGCAUGUUAUUGCAAUGUAGCAUCAUAAGCGUAUUAUUGUAACUAAAGGCACGCCAAAACCCAAGUUCAGAAAAAGUUGAUUUUAAUUUUUAGGUAUAUCUAUUGGUCUAACUACAAUGUAUUGUUACUUUACCAAAAAUCUUUUAAAUUAUUUUAACUGUAUUUAAAAAUUUUUUUCGUUCGUUCGUUCAUUCAUUUCCGAUUAUUUUUUUUUUUAAUUUCCUAAAAUAUCAAUACAAUUUUUUUGUAAAUUAUAAAUAUAUACAAAUAAAAAAAAAAAACAUAUUAAACUCAUAAUCGUUUUAAUAUUUUUCUUUGUAAAGUUUUAAAAAUCUCACGUCACUUCACUUGAUUUUUACGAGGUUUUUAUUAUUAUUACUUAUAAUUUAACGUUAAAUAAGAUAUUCACAUGUAUAUUUCGAAUAUUUUUCUUUCAAAAGAUUUAUCGAGUGUUUGUUUUGAUUAUAUAAUUAAGUAGGUAUAAUUUUUAAAUAUAAGAUUUUAUAAAUUGUAUACUCCAAAUGGCAUUACAGUUACUUAUGAAUUUUAUAUGUAUAUUUAGAUUAUAAAGUACUUAUAUGCUUGGAAUUGUUAAAUUUGUCGAAUAACAUAUAGAUAAGAAGACUAUAAAAUUGAUUCGUAAGAUUUAAUUCGUAAAUAUAAUUUUUAUUUUGAUAAACUGAAAAUUCAAUUGUGAAAUUUCAUUCAUUCAUUCAUUCAAAUAUAUAUUUUCAAUAACACAUAGUCGAUUUAAUACUCUCUGUUAUUUAAUUUGAAUUAUUAAAUUGUGUUAUAUUGUUUUAGAAAACUAACCAAAAACAAAACCCAAAGAUCCAGUGAAUUCUCAACGUGCCAAAUGUAUUAGUUAGUCGUUUUAAUAUUAUUUUUAGAAAUACUCAUAUCAGAUAAGAAAACUAACGUAACAAUUAAUAAAUUUUAAAUUUGUUAUAUUUUUACCAAAUAUACAGCCCAAACGAGUUGAUGUGCCAUAUUAUAUUUUCCAUACAUUUUAAUAAGUAUUUCUUUGUAUUAGUCAUUAAUAUUCAAAUUUAGGUAACUAUAUAUAAUGUUUUAUAGAAGAAAAAAAAAACACAAUUUAAAGUAGGGUACUUAAUUUCAAUUUUCACGUAGAAAUUUGAGCGUUCAAUGUAAUCAUAUUACUCGAUACUAUAAAAAUAGGUAGCUUUUUUGUUUACUACCACAGAGCAUUAUUACCGAGUUGUACUUUUAUCUUAUUUUUUGCUAUUUUUUUUUACGAGCUCCUUGGUAAAGUGGUCACCGAGCCGCGCCAGCCGGCUAUCUGGAAUCAAUUCCCAUCGCGGACAAAUAUUGAUACCUGUGAUCACAAAUAUUUGUCUGUGGUUCCGGGUGUGUUGUGCCCGUUUCUGUGUUUGUGUCCAUUGGACCCGCGAUACAAGCUUAGUGCUUAGUGUGGGCCGUUAAGUGGUGUCCAUUUAUUACCACAUCAAUUAAGUAUAAAUUAUCAUACUUAAUUCUUUACUAACAAUAUGAAUAAGGAAAGGAAUCGUCGCUGAAUCAACGGUGCUUGUAGGGACGAGUGUUAGUAACAUUUUUAAUUUAGAUAAUAAGGAAAAAUCCGGAUUGAACAACCAUGUUUUUUAUUUUACAUUUUAAAUUGCUUUUUGUACUGGCAAAUAUUUUCGAAGUGUUCCUAUAUUUAUCCUAUAAUAAUAAUAAACAUUACGAUUUAAUAUAGGUCAAAAUAUAAUUCGUUUUUGGUUAAAGCCAAUAGUAAUUGGUUUUAACCUAUAUGAUAUCGUAGUAAUUUUUAUAUUAUUUUGUUAAUUAAAACGAUAUUAUUGAAAUAUAUUUCAAAAUUGACGACCUCGGUGGCGCAGUGGUAAAGUUCUUGCCACCGAACCGAGAGGUCCCGGGUUCGAUCCCCGGUCGGGUCAUGAUGGAAAAUGAUCUUUUCCUGAUUGGCCCGGGUCUUGGAUGUUUAUCUAUAUAUGUAUUUGUAAUAAAAAAUAAGUCUCGUUGAGUUAGUAUCCCAUAACACAAGUCUCGUACUUACUUUGGGGCUAGCUCAAUCUGUGUGAUUUGUCCUAAUAUAUAUUUAUUUAUAUAAAUGGGCUAUUAUAUAUGAUUUUCCAUGAUUUUUAUUGUAAUUCCAUAAGAUAUUUUCUGUAAAUAUUGUCAGGAAUUAAAUUUGUAAACCUAUAUGUUUAUUUUUCAAAUUGUACCUUAUGAUUUAAUAGAUUAUUAGAACAAUAAAAAGCAUACUAAAUAAAUAUAUAUUGGAUACCUGCAUCUAGUAUUCUAUAGGUACAAUAUGUAUAUAUUUAGUUUUUAUACAUUCAUAUACCAAUGCCAUGUCAUGUAUAUUAAAUUUGAGUUCUUACAUAUUUAACAAAAUUUAAAUAGUUCAUGUUUGAAAAAUUAAAUAUAUAUAUUUUUAUAUUUUAUGCAAUUAUAUCGUCAAUAACUUCCCUGUUAAAAACAUAAAUAACUUGCCUAUUUACAUAUUUGUUAAAUUAGAAUUUUACCAAUUUUGAUUUUUAUUCGAAUUAGUUACUAGUUACGAAUAAGGAUUUCUCUAUUAUAAUUUUUAUCACUUACCUAUUAUUGAUGAACAUAUUAUUGUAAACUGUU